AAAUUGUAAGUUUGAUACCGCUGUUUGAUCUGAAUCCCGGCUCGUGCCUUCCAUUUUUCAUUCGAAGUUCUUAAAUGCAUUUUUGUUCUUAAACAAAGUACAAUAUAUUUGUUAUAAAUUGUUAAUUUCUAAGUUGUCGUGGUAAUAUAUAAACGUGAUUUUAGUAAAUAAUAUACUAAAAUAAAAUGAAUGAGUUUAAAUUGCCUAAAGCUCCUAAUGGAAUGGGAAUUGCUGCUUCAUGCCUUGCGGCAGUCGGCAUGACGGGUUAUGGUGUUUGGAAAUCUAUGUAUACAGUGGAAGCUGGUCACAGAGCAAUCAUAUUCUCACGUUUGGGAGGAAUUCAGCAAGAUAUUUUAACUGAAGGUCUACAUUUUCGUGUUCCAUGGUUUCAUUGGCCAAUUAUUUAUGAUAUUAGAAGUAGACCUAGAAAAUUAUCUUCACCUACUGGAUCCAAAGAUCUACAAAUGGUCAAUAUUUCUCUUCGUGUGCUGUCUCGUCCUGAUGCAACUCAAUUACCUUUAAUGUAUCGUCAUUUAGGUCUUGAUUAUGAUGAAAAGGUCUUACCAAGUAUUUGUAAUGAAGUAUUAAAAUCAGUUGUUGCAAAGUUUAAUGCAUCUCAGCUGAUUACACAGAGGCAACAGGUGUCAAAUUUAGUAAGAAAAGAAUUAACUGAACGUGCUCGAGAUUUUAAUAUUGUUUUAGAUGAUGUGUCAAUAACUGAAUUAAGUUUUGGUAAAGAAUAUACAGCUGCUGUAGAAUCUAAACAAGUUGCUCAACAGGAGGCACAAAGAGCUGCAUUUUUUGUAGAAAAAGCAAAACAAGAGAAACAACAAAAAAUUGUUCAAGCAGAGGGUGAAGCAGAAGCUGCUAAAAUGCUUGGUUUAGCUCUUAGUCAAAAUCCAGGUUACUUAAAAUUACGAAAAAUUCGGGCAGCACAAAACAUUUCCCGCACGAUUGCAAAUUCUCCAAAUCGUUUGUAUCUAAGUGGUAAUGGCUUGAUGCUAAAUAUUCAAGACCCAUCGUUUGAUGAUUCAUCAGAUAAAUUGAAAAGUGAAAAAAGGAUGAGUUUGGGAAACUGGAAUGAUGCUAUGCAAAGUGCUGUGAAAACUUUAAAAUCUGAGCACCAAACACCAGUGAAAACCAAUGAAAAACCGUUACUUAAAGAUUCUCUACCAAUAUCUUCAGAAGAACAAGUAUCAAUUUUAUUGGAUUCUGCAGAUGGUGGAGCAAAAAUGAUUGUUUCUUAAACAUGAAGUUUUAAUUUUAUAUUUUAAAAGAGAUUGCGAUGCGAGCUCAUCUUGUCUAAUAUAUUCCUUCUCCACAAAUCUUGUUACUAUCAUAGAAUA